AUGAAUAACAAUAUUUUAAGCGAUGAACCUUCCAAUAAAAGACGUCGAAAGAAUUUGCAAAUUACAGAACAGAAAAAAGAAAAUGAAGCUGCAAUUCACAUAACACCAGAAAAGUGUCUUAAAGUACGUAAAAAAUAUGUUCCAAAGUUUCGAUUGAAAUCUUCCGGAGAUUCUGCAUCUUUACUUACACCAGAAGGAGAACGAGUUCCAUUGAUGCUCACUGAUUUGCAGCAUCUACUUCUGCACCCUUUAUUGGGUAACAUAAAUCUAUCUCAGCCGCCACGCUGGUAUGUGUUGGAAAAAUGUGAUCAUAUUAGUCAAAUUACUUGCAUCAUAUUAGAAGGAAUCUCUAUUCAGCAAUGGGAGAAAUAUCAGGAAAAAAUGUUACAUGCUCAAAAAAUAUUUAGUCAUUAUAUUGAAAUUCUUACACCCUCUGUUUAUAACGGUUCCCUUGUAAAGGAAUUGGCAUUAGUACCUCUGUCUGAAACUGAUAAAGAGGUAAUCAUACAGAAAUAUGGUAGCAUGAAUUUAGCUCUUGAAGCCAGGAAAGAUUUGAUGGUUAUGAUGAAAGCUGUAUUUCCAAUUGGAGACACUGUUUCUGAAAAAGUGAAUAAUAUAUGUGAAGAUGCAUUUCCUAGAACACAACUUAUGUUAUCAGCUUGGCAAUUAAUAGAAGAAAAUUACCCAGUUCCUCUCAAGGGGAAGUUGAAGGAACUUUAUGCAGACUAUGUUAUGUCUAAAGACCAAUAUAAACCAGUGACACCUAAAUCUCCAAUGUUUGGAUUGGAUUGUGAAAUGUGUUUGACAAGUGCAGGUUCAGAGCUAACUCGGGUGUCAAUAGUCAAUGAAAAACAUGAAAAUAUUUAUGAAUCUUUUGUUAAACCUUAUAAUAAUAUAACAGAUUAUUUAACAAAGUUCUCUGGAAUUACAAAAUCAAUAUUGUCAGAUGUGACAAAAAGACUAGAAGACGUUCAAAAAGAAAUUCGUGAUUUAUUACCUCCAGAUGCCAUUUUAGUAGGUCAGUCACUCAAUACAGAUUUACAUGCAUUAAAAAUGAUGCACCCUUAUGUAAUAGACACAAGCUUAAUAUUUAAUUUCACUGGCGAAAGAACUCGUAAACCUAAACUUAAAGUAUUAGCUAAAGAAUUUCUUAAUGAAGAUAUUCAGUCAGGUAAGAAUGGUCACUGUUCUGUAGAAGACUCAUUGGCUUCUUUAAAACUAGUGCAGCUAAAAUUAAAAAAGAGUAUGGAUUUCGGUGAUGCAGUACACACUAAUAGAAAACAAUAUAAAGAAAACUUUACAAAAAUCGUUCAGAAGCAAGAAUACGCAUUAUCGAUUUUUAAUCAUAUAAUAGAACAAAAGAAAACCUCCAUUGUUAUUGGCUGUGAUAAUAUAACAGGAGAUUACCACACAUAUUUAACCCAGGCAAAAGAGAGUUUGAAUUCUCAGCUGAAAAAAGGUAAACUGAAAAAGGUUAAGUUAUGUACUGUUGAUAGCAUUGAAGAAGUUAUUUCUAAACUUUCAGAAGCUGUUAGUGAUUAUAAUCUAGCUAUGGCACACUUAAAACUAGAAAGUAACAGUGACAAUGAGUUAAAACAUAUGGAAACUAUUGAUCAGUGGAUUGAACGAAUUUGGAAAAGUAUGAAGCAGUUAGGAUUGUUUGUUAUAUUGUUUGGCGGGACCACAGAUAAUAAUGGUAUUGCAAUGAUAAAAGUAAAGGAUGCUACUUAA